UAUAGCCUAAAGGUUGCGAUUGAAUCUUAGUGCUGCUACAAUGUCUUCCAGUGAGCUCGCUUGUACCUACGCCUGUUUGAUUCUCCACGACGAUGGGAUCACAAUCACCGCAGAGCAGAUUGUGACUUUGGUAAAAGCAACAGGCGUCUCUGUUGAGUCUUACUAGCCUAGCCUUUUGGCAAAGCUUGUAUAGAAGAGGAACAUUGAGGACCUCAUUCUGAAUGUUGGUGCUGCUGGUGGCGAUGCUACUCCAGUAGCUUUGUUUGCUCCUACUGCUAGUGCUACUCCUACCACCGCCCCUACAGUUGAAGAAAAGAAAAAGGAAGAGCCAAAGGAAGAGAGCGAGGAUGAGGACAUGAGACUCAGCUUGUUUGAUUAG